UUAACUUUUGAAUAAAACGUACUUUAGUUUGUUUUUGUUGUAACCAAGACUUUAUAUUUAAAAAGUGGUGUCAGAAGUGGGAUUCUAAAUGCGAAUUCCACAGUGACCAUGAAUCCUGAACAAAUUGAACCGUUGACGAAUGUGAUUGCAGAUGCUAUCCGGCAGGCAGUACAACAGGCAACACAGGCGGUAUUGAACAGUGUCCCACAUCAACAAAUUUCUACGAAUCCAAAGCCACCACCAUUUUCUUUCUCGGAGUAUAGAUCUACAGACGAAAUUACAGUAUGUGAUUAUUUUACCAGACUCGAAUGGGCUUUAAAAUUAAGCAAGAUUCCUGAAGAAGAAUACGCGAAUUAUGCCAGAGUGAAUAUUGGUGCCGAAUUGAAUAACGCUUUGAAAGUGCUGAUAAGCCCACGAUCUCCUGAUAACGCUACAUACAGUGAGUUAAAGAACGCAUUGAUAUCACAUUUCGAUGCUGAGAAGAAUAAGUACGCAGAAAGCAUUAAGUUCCGACGAACGUUGCAGGAAAAUGGUGAAACGAUGGCAAAUUUUGCUUUGAGGCUUAAACAGGCAACAUCAUUCUGUGAGUACGCGGAAUUCCUUGACAGAAUGUUGAUUGAACAAUUUUUAGUGGGAUUGAAAUCACAACCCAUUUGUGAUGAGAUCAUUGCGAAGAAACCUUCUACGUUUAGAGAGGCAUACGAAAUUGCUCACGCUUUGGAAUCAUCUCAUCAGACGACAACUGACAUGAAAACAUCAGUAACAUUACCCCAAUCUGCUGACCUCACGAAUAAAGUAGGUACUUUUUCACAACGAAGGAACGAGAGAAAGCACGCCCCUAAUAUGAGACAAGGUGACAAUCGUAUCAAGAGAGAUACUAAUGAACAGAAGGGGUCGAAUACGGUUUGUUAUGGUUGUGGUGGCCAGCAUCAAAGGAAAGGAUGUAAAUUUUUGAAUGCUACGUGUUAUAGUUGUGGAAAGACAGGCCACAUUUCUAGAGUGUGUAAUUCGAAAACAUCUCAACUGACCGAGGAGCCCGAAACUGAAAUAGACUUCGUGGAGAGUAUUCAUAAAUUAAAUGACGUGAAAACAUGUAAGAGAAUGAUAAGUACAACUAUAAAUGGUACCGCCAUCCAAAUGGAAUUGGACACCGGUGCUCCAUGCGGAAUGAUAAGCAAGAUUGAAUAUCAGCAAAUUAAAGCUACUGGUCGUCUGCGGAGGACGGAUAGAAAUUUUUGCAGCUACACGGGUCACAAGAUACAAUGCGUGGGUCGGGCACCAGUGAACGUCAAGGUGGGUGCAACAACUCGCAGACUUAAUGUUUAUGUAGUUGAUGGCAAAUUCGACUCCCUGUUUGGAAGGGAGUGGAUUUCACAGUUUACGGAGGAAAUCGAUUUUAGGAAACUAUUUUCGACAUCGGAUCAGGUAAAUACUAUAAAAGUAGCCACGCCAUCAUUGACUUCUACUCAGAAUGAAACUCUUCAGCAGAUUUUGAAUUCAUAUGACGAUGUCUUUGGCGAAACAGCAGGUAAAUUAGUCGGACCACCCAUAAAAUGCCAUUUUAAACCUGAUAUUACACCGGUAUUCUCAAAAGCGAGGGAAAUACCAAUUGCACUGCGUGAAUCCUAUGCUGCCGAAAUCGAUUCCAAAAUAGCAUCUGGGUUUUAUGAACGCGUUGAAUUCUCGGAAUGGGCAUCGACCACACAUGUCGUCACCAGGAAGAACGGUAAGAUUAGAAUCACGGGCAAUUAUAAACCCACACUGAAUCCGAGGAUAAUUAUAGACGAAUACCCAAUUCCCCGUGCUGAACAUCUGUUUAACAAAAUGAGUGGGGCCAAAAUUUUCUGUCAUCUUGACAUUACUGAUGCGUAUUCCCACUUACCAAUAGAUAGAGAAUUUAGUCACGCCUUGACACUUAAUACGCCAACACAUGGACUCAUUCGUCCUACCAGGGCCGUAUACGGUGCGGCAAAUAUCCCUGCCAUAUGGCAGCGACGAAUGGAAACGGUGUUACAGGGCGUUGCGAAUACAACACUAGACCGACUACGGGAACAAGGACUGCGCCUUAACCGUAGUAAAUGUGUAUUUGCGGCUCCCGCUGUUGAGUUUCUUGGACACAAAAUUGAUUCUAACGGCAUUCAUAAAUCGGAUAAACAUAUUGAGGCGGUUAGAGAUGCACCCAAACCCACGAAUGUAGAGGAGCUUCAACUGUUUUUGGGCAAGGCUACGUAUUACAGUGCAUUUAUCCCAAACUUGUCCACUAGAGAUCGGCCGCUCCGAGAUGUACUUUUGAAUGAUGAAUUUAUCUGGACGGAUGCAGCAGAGGAUGCAUAUCAAGAUAUUAAAAAAGCUUUAAUAUCACCUCAAGUGCUUAUGCCGUAUGAUCCGAGCCUACCUCUUGUUUUGGCUACGGAUGCGAGCAAAACUGGCCUAGGUGCUGUUUUGUCACAGCGAGUUGCCAACAAACUAGAAAGACCAGUGGCGUAUGCAAGCCGCACUUUAACACCCACGGAACAGAAGUACCCCCAAAUGGAUAAAGAGGCUCUGGCCAUCGUUUGGGCUGUCCAGAAGUUUUUCUUGUACUUGUAUGCACGACAUUGGACUUUAGUCACCGACCACAAGCCUUUGUCCCAGAUAUUACACCCUCACAAAUCGUUACCAGUAUUAUGCAUCAGCAGGAUGUCAAAUUAUGCAGAUUUUUUAUCAAAUUUUGAUUUUGAUAUUGAAUUUAGAAAUACCAAGGCCAAUAUUAAUGCGGAUUAUUGUUCUAGAGCAAUCCGCAACGACACAAUAUUACAAAUCCAGACUCAUGAUCCCAAUACAACACCAAAGUGGGAUUACGAUGGCUUCGAUAAUUUUAUGAUCAACCAGAUAAGACAACUUCCCGUAAGAAACCAAUUAGUUGUUCGUGAGACAUCUAAAGAUGAGCACUUGGGACAUAUUUUACGCUUACUUGAAGAAGGAAAGAAUUUGAAACAAUAUGGAUUCAGAGAACCUGAAACUAAUUACAAACUCACUACUGGCUGCCUUACUUAUGAUCACAGAGUUGUAAUUCCCGACAGCCUUCGUGGACGAAUACUGGACGACCUGCAUACUGCACACCUGGGUGUCGUUAAGAUGAAAGGGCUGGCGAGAUCAUUUGUGUAUUGGCCUGGCAUCGAUGCUGAUAUAGAGAACAUUGCUCGAAAAUGUGCUGACUGCGCUCGUAAUGCCCACAACCCAGCCAAGUUUCGCCAACACCACUGGGAAUAUCCCAAAGGACCCUGGGAGCGUAUCCAUGUUGACUACGCCGGUCCUUUUGAAGGCGCAAUGUUGCUAAUAAUUACUGAUGCUUUCAGUAAGUGGGUCGAGGUGAAGAUUACUAACUCAGUCAGCACUGCAGCGACGGUAAAUGUGCUUGAUGAGCUUUUUGCUGCUUACGGGGUUCCCGUUACCAUUGUUUCUGACAACGGAACUUGCUUUACUUCCGCCGAAUUCAGAAAUUAUCUCGGCAUUGUUGGUGUUAAGUAUCACAAACGAACAGCUCCUUACCAUCCAUCAAGCAACGGACAGGUGGAAAGAUACGUGCAGACCGUUAAGGAUGCCUUAAAGAAUAUGGGCACAACCAGACGCACUCUUCAGGAAAACCUCAAUGAAUUUCUCAGACAAUAUCGAAAAGCCCCACACUCAACAACGGGUCAGUCCCCUUCACAAUUGUUUUUAGGCCGUACUAUUCGUACUCGAUUGGAUCUCGUCUACCCUACGGACAUUCCAACUUCAGUUAUGGAAAAGCAAUACAUGCAAUUCACACCAACGUAUAGAACAAUUGAUAAAGGCGCAAGGGUACAGUUUUUGUCUGGAAAUCCACGAAUGGAAAAGUGGUUGUUUGGCACUAUAUUAACACGCUUAGGUGACUUGCAUUACGAAGUGGACUAUAAAGGUAAACGUGUUAAACGUCAUAUAGACCAAAUAAGGAAUACUGGUGUUCCUGAUGAAGGCGAUGUUACUAGCAGAACAACACCCAAGACACAAACCAGCAUUCAAGAUCCAGGUAUUAGAAGAUUUUCCUCUAUUCAAAUGUCACCACAAGGCAGGAGUGAAGUGUCUGGAAGCGACUUGAACUACUUCACACCAACCCAACUCAGCUCAUAUUCAAGAACAACAACAACGGAAGGAAGUGAGUGCCAUACUGGUAGUGAACUAGCCAACCAAAGUCCAGGAAAGGAAGUUCAGCCAAUCCAACCAAAAUUAGAAGCAGCAACUACACAUGAUGGGAACCCUGGAUCCUCUUCAUCGCAGCGGUCUAAUAUUCCA